AUGACCGAAGCUCAAUAUCGGUCGCCAAGGAUCGUGGAAAACCCGAGCGAUACCAUCGUACCGAAGAGCGAUCCGGUCACGCUGAACUGCAAGGCCGAGGGCAAACCGCCACCGGUGAUCCAGUGGUACAAGGAUGGCGAGGAGGUGAAGCUGGACGCGAACCACGUCCUGCUGCCGGCCGGUUCGCUCUUCUUCCUGCGCACCGUCCACGGGAAGAAGGAGCAGGACGAUGGGGUCUACUGGUGCGUCGCUAGCAAUGUGGCCGGCAAGGUGUACAGCCGGAACGCGACGCUCCAGGUGGCAACGCUUCGGGAAGACUUCCGUGUGACACCAAAGAAUACCCGGGUGGCGGCCGGGGAGACGGCCCUGCUCGAGUGUAGCCCACCCCGGGGCAAUCCGGAACCGACCGUUAGCUGGAAAAAGGGCGACAUCUUCCUCGAGCUGGACGAUUAUCGCAUAUCGAAGGAGCUGGCUCGGAUCCGGAUCGUGGACGGUGGAAACCUGAUGAUCAGCGACGUCCGGCCGGCUGACGGUGGCCUUUACCAGUGCAUCGCCCAAAAUAUGGUCGGCUCGAGGGUGAGCCCACUGGCCCAGCUGACGGUGCAGGUCAAGCCUUACUUUAUCGCGCGACCCGCCAAUGCAACGGUCCUCGAGGGUCACCGGGUCCAGUUCCAGUGUGCGGUCGGAGGUGACCCGGCCCCGCAGAUCCUGUGGAGCAAAAAGGAUGGCCACAUCCCGGUCGGACGGGCGGAAAUCGCCGAAGAAGACAAGAGCCUCAUCAUCCGGAACGUCACGGCCGACGAUCAUGGGUUGUACGCGUGUGAGGCCCGAAACUCGGUCGGCUUCAUCGACGAGCGGGCCAUGCUGAUCGUCUACACUCCACCAGUGUUCAGCGUGCGACCGCAGGACCAGAAGGCGACCGUCAACGGGGUGGCCACGUUCAAGUGUUCCGCCACCGGCAACCCGGCGCCGUCGGUGUUCUGGACGCGCGAAGGCUCCCAGACGCUCAUGUUCCCGAACAACAGCUACGGCAACAUGCACGUGUCCGGCCAGGGCUCGCUGCAGAUCCGGGGCGUCGAGCGGGAGGACGACGGUUACUUUGUCUGCUCGGCGCUCAGCGUGGCGGGCUCCGUCACCGGACGGGUCUACUUGCAGGUGACUUCACCGAUCGAUAGCAUUCCGGCGCCGUUGCUGCAGCAGGUCCCCUCGAACCAGACGCUCCCGACCGGAACGAAGGCAACGCUACCUUGCCGAGGCUCACCGGCCACCGGACCGAUUUCCGAUGCGACCGACGCCAACCCGCGCUGGGAGCGCGAUGGAGGCAGUCUUCAAAGUCUUCGCCCGGGAAGACGCUUUAAGUUUCUCGCCGGUGGAUCACUGCGGAUCGAUGAUCUGCAACCGGAAGACAGUGGCUGGUACCGGUGCAGCAUCCGGCAAGACGGCCACGAGUACUCCUGGGCGGCGUAUCUGAAUGUCGAUAACAAUCUGCCGCCUCAGUCGCAGCAGCUGUUCAACGCGGAACUGCUCCCUUCGGCACCGGGCCAACCGAAAGCGGCCAACAUCACCAACACGAACGUGACGCUGAUCUGGGCCCGCGGCCAGGACAAGCUGCGGACGAACGCGAUCGCCAGCUACACGAUCGAGUACCACAGCACCAGCAGCGACCUGGGCACUGGGUGGCGGGUAGCGCUACGCCAGAUCGCGGGCAACACGGCCACGGUGACGGGCCUGGUGCCGGAAACGGGCUACAUCUUCUCGGUGCGGGCCGAGAACGGGAUGGGCUUCUCGGCCCCAUCGCCGGUGUCGGGCCGCAUCCGGACACUGGCAUCCGACGAUCGGGUCACCAUCCCGGAGGAGCUCGAACAGGCCCGGAUGGUGCUGGCCGGCAAGAUCCUGGAGCUGAUCGAUAUCAUCGCCCUGACGUCGACGUCGGUGCGGCUCGAGUGGCAACUACAGGUCGGCGGCUCGGAGGAGUACAUCGAGGGGUUCUACGUGCGAUACCGCGAUCUGGACAGUGACGUGCGGCUCUACAGCAUGCUGCCGAUCCCGAACAGUGAAACCGAGAGCCACAUCAUUACGAACCUGAACAAGUUCACUCGCUACGAGUUCUUCCUGUCGCCGUACUUCAAGAACCUGGAGGGCCAGCUGAGCAACGCGCGCAUCGUACGCACGCUCGAGGACAUGCCGACGGGGCCACCGACGGGGAUUCAGGCCGGUAUGCUCAACCUGACCGCCGGCUGGGUGCGGUGGGGGCCGCCGGCCCGCGAGCACCAGCACGGCGAGCUGGUCGGCUACAAGAUCCAGGUCAAGUCGGGCAACAACGCGUCGAAGCUGCUGGCGCAGAUGACGUUGAACGCGACGACCACCUCGGUGAUGCUGAACAACCUGACGACCGGCGCGAGCUACACGGUCCGCGUCGCCAUGUUCAACCGGCUCGGCAUGGGGCCGUUCUCGAAACCGCUCUACCUCGUCAUGGACCCGGCGUUCGUUAUCGUGCCGCAGGGCGUCCACAACGGCCAGCACUACGGCGGUGCCGACUACGACGAGCGGCUCCGGCCGGGCCAAGGCGGCCAUCCGCACCAGCAUCAGCAGCCACACGGGUUCCUGCACGAGACGUGGUUUAUGAUCUUCGUCGUGUUCUCGCUGCUGGUCAUCCUGAUCGUAACGAUCGUUGCCGGCGUGGUGAUCUUCCGGCGCCGCCAGACGCUCGGACGCAAACCGGUCGUCACCGUGCCGACGGUACUCGGGGGGUCUCGCCGAGGGGACAUCGCCAACCUGAGCAUGCCCCGCAAGGACGGCAUCUGGAUCGAUCGGGGCUGGCGGACCUGCGACACCGACAAGGACUCGGGCCUCAGCUCGAUCAAGCUGCUGGAGGGAACGCAGGGCGGCCAUCACACGUAUCCGCUCGCGGACGGAGGUGGCACCGACUACGCCGAGGUCGAUCCCCGUGGGCUUACGUCGUUCUACAAUCGGAAGUCACCCGAAAGCCCGACUCCGUACGCGACAACGAUGAUCAUCAACGGGUUACCGCGGAGCGAGAACGGAGAUCUCGGUUACCAGGGCGGUCACGAUACGUUCUCGUCCACCUCGUCCAGCUUCCGUUCGUUCUACGGCUACCCGCGGCCACUGAACACCAACAACGUUCCUCCGAAUUGGGUCGACUAUCUGCCACCGCCACCGGAGCAUCCGCCGCCGGUGCCGCAGGUGCCGCUGGAUAGCAGCCAUCACCACCUGAUGAACCACCAUCACCACGUGUUCCCGGCGGAGCUGGUCGGGACGCUCAACACCUCGCAGUCCUCGCAGAGCUACUGUUCGCGGCGCACGAGCGGCUACAAGUGA